AGUCAAUAGAUAACCGACGCAGGCACGAGGAACCCCGAGAAGGUGUUUCCUUCGCCAGCCUCCUCGCCCCGCCGGAUUUGGAAGCCAUCUGCGGCCUGAGAGCCAUGGCCCACGGCCGCCGCCUGGCGCUUGCCCUGCUAGCGUUGGCCCUCGCCGGCUCUCAGGAGGCGCGAUCCGAACAGGAGCUCCGCUUCAAGCCCGCGCCCUCGCAGAGACCGGUGCGGCUUUUCACCGAAGACGAGCUGGCCAGGUACGACGGACGCAAGGAAGAUGAGCCUAUUUACAUAGCUGUGAAGGGUGUGGUGUUUGAUGUCACUUCUGGAAAAGAAUUUUAUGGGAAAGGAGCACCAUACAAUGCACUAGCUGGCAAAGAUUCAACCCGAAGUGUUGCAAAAAUGUCCCUUGAUCCAGCAGACCUCACUCACGACACAACGGGACUCACAGAAGAGGAGCUGCAAUUUCUGGAUGAGACCUUCAGUAACGUUUACAAGGCCAAAUAUCCUAUUGUUGGCUACACUGCCCGAAGAAUUCUUAGUGAAGAUGGCAGCCCUAACCCAAACUUUAAACCUGAGGACCAGCCACAUUUCACUAUUAAGGAUGAGUUUUAACAAUAACUUGGCAAUCCCAUGACUGUACUACCAACAACCAGAAGAGUAUCUAAAAACUGAAGAAUGUCAUGUGCCUAAAAUGGUUGUUUUCACAUCUUCGAGGAUGAUUGGUUGGUUAACCAAUAAUAUUAUGACAGGCAUGAGAAAACGGCAGUUCACAUACUGAGAUUGGAAAGUACAGUCCACUGUGAUUUUAUAGCAGACGUUAGCCUCUCCCUGUAUUUUGUGCAAAUAAUAGGGUGGAAACCCCCUGCCCCUUGUAAUAGUUGAAUGGGCACUGAAUACAUAAAACCACCAUGCCAGCCUUCUCCUGCCCCCAGAUAGGUUGGACUAUAAUUCCCAUUUUGAAGCAACUGUUUGUCCAACGUAUGGGCAAAAUGGCAUUCUAAAUAUGGCUGCUUUCAGAUAGAGUUCCUUGGCAAAUUUAAGACGACCCUAAGAACUUUAAGCAUGCUGACUGGGGAAUUCUGGGAGUUGGAGUCCAUGUAUCUUAAAGUGGCCAAGGUUGAGAAACACUACUCCAGCUAGACAAAUUAUUGUAGCAGGUUGAGAAGCUUGUGUUGGUUUAUGCUGAUUUACCUGACUGGCUGAAUUAGCAAUGUAGUGCUGGGCAGUAGCUUCCAAUUCUCCUAAGGUGAUUCAUUCUGUUGCAUUAUCCUCCCCAUUGUUUUCUUCCAGGGAAGAAAUGAGUCCUCAUUCCUCUCAGGACUUUUUGUUUUAAUACAUUCUCUGUUGAAAAAGACACCACCAAGAAAUAUUAAGUACAUGUGCAUAACUCAAUGAAUCGUUCCUCAACCUUGUGCCUUUGGGCCUUCAAUUCCCCAACAACAACAACAAUGCUGAGAGAUAUGGGAGUUGUAGUUAAGCCCAUGGGGGUGGGGGGUCAUGUUGAGAUACUGCUCUAAGGGCUAAAUGAAUGGAUCAUAAACAUAUAACCCUACCUCAGAUACCACCUCAGUUAUCUGCCUUUUACUGGGUCAGGCUAGGGCCACCAUUAUCUAGGGUGCAAGGCUGCGAUGGCCACAGGUGGGUUUCAGUAUCUCUUGGCUGCCAUGUCAUAGGCACCUGGAUUUUUGCAGCCUAGAUAUAGCAGCCUUGGGUCAAGAUAUCUAAGUAACCUAGUAGCAUUUACUCCAACUGGCUGCCACCCUGUGAAUUUCAGAUGGGGAGUGGGUUUCCUCCCAUCUCCUACCUGUCUGAACCCCGAGCUUUCUGCGGGCAAAGCAAAAGUCCCUCUGCUUAGUGGUAAGCCAUGGAACUGCAAUACAUUUAGUAGGCCAUUGUUUUUUUUUCCAUUUGGAACCAGAUGUUUCAGUAGAGAGAAGGCUACUGCUGAGAUAAGCCAUCUUUGUCCCAUUGUUCUAAAGUCUCUUGGUCAUAUAUAGUAGUAGAAAAUCUGUGUGUGUGUUUCUUUGUUACAAGGUCCCCCGCUUUGUAAUAGAAGUCCACGAGGAGGAGGAGUGAGGCGUAAGACUCAUAGCAGAGGAGUUCUAGAGCUGCUGUUUUUAGCAGCAGCAAGGGGACUUAGAAGAGGUUUGUAAGAAGUUAAUACUAACCUACUUUGCUUAGUGGUUUAAGACUGAAUUAACACAAAGUUUUUUAUGUGAUAUCAGAAAUACUAAAAGUCUGAUUCUUCAUUCAUCUUAGUAUUCAAAUGGACGUACUUGCUAUGUGUGUAUUCACAUAAUUUUCCCUUUCCAAGACUGAAUUCUACAAAAACCAGGUCUGCCAUUUUCCAGCAGAAGCAUGGUGUGCACAGCACAGCUUGGCUAGCAUCUGUACCAUCACAGCCGCUCACCCAUACUCCUGAUCCCCAGAUAACGGCCCAAUUGGAAGAAAGACUGAAGACUAUUGGACGCACUAACCACUGAUUAUGAUAACCAUGUGGAUCUGAUGUUUGGUACCUCAUGGAUAUGUCAGAUUGUAUUUCAUUUAUUACUCCUUUCUUGUAUGUUGCCAAAAUAAAAUAAUCUGAAGGCUCAACUCUACCUCAGUAAAUAGCCUUGGCCAUAUCAAACGAAAAUCAUGUCUCAUUUGAUAACA